CAGCUGGAGCUGUGUGGAAGGCAGCCUGAGAUGGAGUAGGAGGGACGGGUCCCAUAUGGGGCGGAGACACCUGUCAAUCAGAGGAGUUUAGGGGGAAUAAAACUUGCAGGGUGGACUUGGGAAACUAAAUAAGAAAAAGAGCCAGCGGUUGGUGGGUUGGAGGAAGCACGCAACCCAAUGCAGGGGUGUAUUGGGCAGGGGGAGGAGGAGCCGCUUCAAGGAACCGGGAUGUAGGGACAGGAAAUUCUACCAUUCCCUGUUUGACUUCUAGAGCCACGUAUUCCGGAACUUGAAAUGGAAGAUCUGGCCAGUUAUUUGGGGACCUGAAAUCUUCCCGGGAACGGCAGUCGCCGCGCGGGGCGGCCUGGGAAAGUCACCAGUCAGCAGCGCAGCGGCGGGAACCGCAGCCCGGCGGCCCUGGAACCUCCCAGGUCAGAGGAGCUGCGGGGCUGGGACACGGAAGGGAAGGGACCAGGGUGUGCUCCGGGACGCUGCUCAGAAGGACACAGCUUUCAAAAUUCUCUUGUGGAUAUCGUUCCGUUGUCGCUAAGUUUGGGAAUCUAUGAAGUCUCACACUGCUCAGCCAGAUCUGCUCACCUGUGAAUCAGAAAAACGAGCCGUGGACAAUGGAGAGAGAGGAGACAGUAGCCAGGGAUCCAGAAACUCAGAGAAGAGCAACAAGAAGAAUGAAUGUUUCUUUAGUUAAUGCUCCCCAGGGUCUGUUGUCAUUCAGGGAUGUGGCUGUGGACAUCUCCAAGGAAGAAUGGGAAUGUCUAGACUGUGCUCAGAGGGCUUUGUACAUGGGUGUGAUGCUGGAGAAUUACAACAACCUACUCUUUGUAGAGAACCAUCGCAUAUGUGGUAAAUAUGAGAAGGUCGUGCAUCAAGUCACAAAGCAUUUCAUCCAUGAUCAUGAAAACGUCAAAGAGACGUCUUGUAAAUGUAAUGAGCUUGGCAAAGUGAUUCAUGAAUCCAGCCAGUGUACACCUUGUGACACAAGGGAUACUACAGAAAAUAACAAGUACAGAGUUGGUAACCACAGAGAUGCCUCUGUUGAAACGUUAAACCUCAACAGACACAAAAGUGGGAAUGGAAGAGAAGAACCUUGCAAAUAUACAGACUGUGUAAACUGUUUAAAUUUGUGUUCCAGCAUUAGCCAAAAUCAAAGAAAUCACAUAGGAAAGGAAGAACACAAAAAUAUGGAGUAUUAUACAUUUUUUGACUCUAAUACAGAAAUCACACUGAAACAAACUGAUAGUGGGAAGAAACAACACCAAUGCAGAAAACAUGGAAAAUGCCUCAAGACUCACUCAAGCCUCAUUAGACAUCAGAGAUUCCAUCCUAGAGAAAAACCCUACAAAUGUACAGAAUGUGGUAAGUGCUUUUGUCACAUAUCACACUUUAGAAGACAUUACACGGUCCACAUUGGAGAGAAACCUUACAGAUGUAGUGAAUGUGACAAAUGCUUUACAAGUGGCUCAUAUCUUAGAAUACAUCAGAGAACCCACAGAGGAGAGACUUAUAUAUGUAGUGAAUGUGACAAAUCCUUUACCACAGAAGGUCAUCUUAGAACUCAUCAGAGAAUCCAUGCAGGAGAGAAACCUUACAAAUGUGGUGAAUGUGAGAAAUCCUUCUUGAGUGUCUUUGGUCGUAGAAAACAUCUGAAAACUCAUACAGGUGAGAAACCUUACAAAUGUAGUUCAUGUGACAAAUCCUUUAUCCAGAAAGACAGUUUUAAAAUGCAUCAGAGAAUUCAUUCAGGAGAGAAACCUUACAAAUGUAGUGAAUGUGACAAAUUCUUCAUACGGAGCUCAGAUCUUAGAAAACAUCUGAAAACUCAUACAGGUGAGAAGCCUUACACAUGUAGUGAAUGUGACAAACCCUUUACCCAGAAAGCCAGUCUUAAAGUACAUCAGAGAAUUCAUUCAGGGGAGAAACCUUACAAAUGUAGUGAAUGUGACAAAUUCUUCAUACGGAGCUCAGAUCUUAGAAAACAUCUGAAAACUCAUACAGGUGAGAAGCCUUACACAUGUACUGAAUGUGACAAAUCCUUUACCCAGAAAGCCAGUCUUAAAGUACAUCAGAGAAUUCAUACAGGUGAGAAGCCUUACACAUGUAGUGAAUGUGACAAAUCCUUUAUUAGUUGUUCAGAACUUAGAAAACAUCAGAGAAUUCAUUCAGGAGAGAAACCUUACAAAUGUAGUAAAUGUGACAAAUCCUUUACUCAGAAAGGCAGUCUUAAAAUGCAUCAGAGAAUUCAUACAGGAGAGAAACCUUACAAAUGUAGUGAAUGUGACAAAUCCUUUACCGAUAAAGGGAAUCUUAGAAAGCAUCAGAGAAUUCAUACAGGAGAGAAACCCUACAAAUGUAGUGAAUGUGACAAAUCCUUUUCCCAGAAAUACAAUUUUAGAAUACAUCAGAGAUUUCAUACAGGAGAGAAACCUUACAAAUGUAGUGAAUGUGAGAAAUCCUUUACAUUUGGCUCAUCUCUUAGUAUACAUCAGAGAAUCCACAGAGGAGAGACUUACAAAUGUAGUGAAUGUGAGAAAUCCUUUACCCAGAAAGGGAAUCUUAGAACUCAUCAGAGAAUCCACACAGGAGAGAAACCUUACAAAUGUAGUGAAUGUGACAAAUCAUUUUCUCAGAAAGACCAUCUUAGAACUCAUCAGAGACUUCAUACAGGAUAGAAACCUUACAAAUGUAGUGAAUGUGACAAAUCUUUUUCAUGUUGCUCAGCUCUUAGAAAACAUCUGAAAACUCAUACAGCUGGGAAACAUUACAUACUGUAGUGAAUGCUAGAAAUUCUUUACAGAGAAAGAAGUUUUGAACUCAUUAGAGAAUACAUACACUUGAGAAACUUUAGAAAUGUAGCAAACAUGAGAAAUCCUUUACUCCUUGCUCAUCUCAGAAUCUGUUGUGGGAUAUUUGAUCAUACUCUGAAACCUAUAUGUUAAAAUCAAACAUGGAUUGGGGUUGUGACCUGGAACUAGUUGACAGGAAAUAGCCACAGAGAGUAUGGAGGAGCAUGGAAGACAUAUAGACACAUAGGAAGGAGUAGGGAACGACUUGGAGUUUUGUGGUAGUUUUGGUUUGAAAUGGUUGGAGAGACACUCUUAUUGCCAGGUCUCUGGACAAAAUGGAACACCAGCUGGAUGCUCCCCGCCCUCUCUUAACUAGCAGGUUUUCACCCCAACAUCUGAUUCCUGAGUCUUUGUUGGUAAAUACAACAAUAGAGAUUUAGUUAUAAACUACAUGUGGUGGCUGUGGCAUAGUCUGUGCCAACAGAACCAGAAAUCCGACCAGGCCAUUGCCUGAGCAACAGGGUGUUGAAUGCAGGGUCGUAGGGCCACAGUCAGAAGCAACCACUGAGCUAACCGAGGAACAACAUGAACACAUCAGAAUAUACAUAUGAAAAAGAAACCUUACAAUUAUAGUGAAUGUGAGAAAUCCUUUACAAUUUCACAUUUCUUAGAGUAUAUUAGAGAAUUCACUCAAGAGAAAAAUCUUACCAUUGUAGUUAUCUUAAUUCGGGUUUAAUUACUCUGAAGAGACACCAUGACGAUGGCAACGCUUAAAGGAAAACAUUUAAUUGUGGCUGGCUUAUACUUUCAAAUAUUUAGUACAUUGGACUCACAGUGGGAAGCAUAAUGACAUGCAUGCAGAUAUGGGGCGAGAAAAGGAGCUAAGAGUUCUACAUCUUUAUCCUCAGGCAGCAGUUAGUGAUUAAUGUAUUUUAAGUGUGGCUUGAGCAUAUAUGAGACCUCAGUGCCUGCCUCAAUGGUGACAUGUAGAUGUAACCAACCUUCUUAUUAAAUAAGAAACACAGAACCAAUGCAAAGAAGAAAGCCAAGAGGUCAGAGCUAAGAGCUAAAACCUUACCCUUCCUCCUGCAGUGGUCCUACCUCUCUGAACCAGAGCUAUCCCUGUGUUAAAGUCUUUAUAUAGAGUUCCUGUCCUGCCUUCUCGUUGGUUGUAAACCCAACCACAUGACCGCCUCCUCACGGCCUGUCUGUAUAGACCUCCAGGUUUUCCAUGAUUGGUAUUGAGAUUAAAGGCAUGUGUAACCAAUAAUGGCUGUAUCCCUGAACACACAGAGACUUACCCAGCUCUGCCUACCAAGUGCUGGGAUUACAAGUGUAUACCACCACUGCCCUGCUUUCCUAUGGCUUGCUAAUAGCUCUGACCCCCGAGCAACUUUAUUUAUUAACAUACAAAUAACAUUUUAAUACAAAUAAAAUAUCACCAUAGUGACACAAUUCUUCCAACAAGGCCACAUCUAAUAGUUCCACCCACUAUAGACAAAGCAUUCAAACACAUGAGUACAUGGGGGCCAUACCUAUUCAAACCACUGUAGUAGUCAAUAUAAGGAACCUUUUAACUACAAAAUCACCCUGAGAACAUAUCAAAGUAUUUAUACAGGAGAGAAAACUUAAAAUGUAAUGUAUGAGGAAAAGUCUUUACCUACCUCUCAGGUCUAAGGAAACAUCUGAAAAUUCAUACUGGUGAGACAAAUUUUCAUGGGAAAUAAUUUGGCAUGUGAUUUAACCAAGUUCUGUUCUUAUCUCCACUUGAGACUCCACACUAGAGAAUCAUUAUGAACAUGAGAAACUUGUGAAAGCCUUUAAGUUAUUUCAAAUCUUAGAAAACAUCAAGAGUUUAUGCAGAGAGAAAAUUUCAAAAUGUAGGACAAUUUUCAUUAAAAUAUUUUACAUGUUCAACCUGAAAUACAUCAUAAUGAAGACAAAUUGAGAAAACUUAAGCAUAUGCUAUUGUGUAAUAGUUUCCUGGAGACUGGAAUGAUCCAUUUUGAAGGGAAGCUGAUUAAGGCAGGAAAUAUGCCACUCAAGAGCUUCAACCUUCAGCUUCAAGAAACCCCUGAAAUUGACAGCAUUCAGUGUUCAUAACUCAAAUGAAGAAACUCAGAAGUCAUACCCCUUAGAAGAGGAUUUUAGCCAUCAAGAUAGAAUGCUCGUUAACUUGUAGAUAUUCAUGAGCUUUAUUUUACAUGAUGGUUUUUGAGUUUUGAGAUAACAACUGUUUGAGUCUGUUAUGCUCCAGUAAGCAUCUGCUUACCCAUAAUCUUGUAAGCAAUUCUAAUAAAGCUCAUUGAUUCAAAAAGUUG